UUGUGUUCACAUCGCAGACAAACUAACGCGUGUACCUAAUGACCCUUUUGAAUUUUUGGGUAACUAACUAAACAUUGGUUUCCAUUCAUCAAAAAGUUCGUCCAUGCUGCGUUUUGCUGGGUCUUGCUUCGAUGGAGCACAUGGAAAGAGACUUUGUUGAGACUAUAGAAAGGAAACAGCGUAAGAAAUAACGCAAGUAGACUCGUUCCCACUCGCUACUCAUGGGUCAGAUUAGAUUGUUUUAAAAACAAGAGGUCUGGAUCGAGUGGAGCGCGCGGGGAGUGUGUGGGAAGAGGCGUAAAAAAAUAACCCAUGACGUCCCGCGCGCCUUAAUCCCCAUAGUAUUCAAUCUUCUCUCCCCCGAAAUUAAAAACACGUUAAUAGCGACUGGAUACGAGCAAGAGAAAAUGACUCUUGGUACGAGUCAAUUGCCCAGAUUAGUUUCGUGACAUUACUCGCGUAGGUCACGUGAAGUUUUGGGGCAGACGCGACGAUCACGCCACGAUCUACGAAAUUUGCAUUUUAAUCACUAACUAACUGAGCGAGCGUUAGAAAUGUAAAGCAAAACAUAGCAAGAUGGUCGCCCAUUCCGAGAUACUUUUAUCCAAGUGUGCUCAGUUUCGAGACGACGGUCAAUUCAUCGACGUUCGUUUAAAAGUGCGAGAAGAUAUCUUUCCAGCUCAUCGCAUUGUACUCGCUGCGAAUAGCGAUUAUUUCUACGCCAUGUUUACUGAUGGAAUGAAAGAGUCCAGCCAGGAAGUCAUCGAACUCAAGGAUGAAAGCAUUUCACCAGAUGCUUUCAAGAUUGUAAUGGAUUCCAUCUACGCUGGAGAUAUUUGCGUCAACGAGGAAAACGUGUUUGAAGUUCUUGCUGCAGCUGAUCAUCUUCAAGUCACAACUGUUGUUCAACAGUGUUGUGAUUUCUUGAAGAGGGAAUUUAUUCAGCUCCGACUUGACCUUCACAACUACUGUCUGCUUUCCACAGUGGCCGAUAGACACAGUCUGAGAGAUCUGCAAGAGGCCGCAGAGAAUAAGAUGGCUUCGAUGUACGUUGAUGUUUGUGAAAGCGAAGAAUUCCUUUCUAAUGUUAGUGGAGACCAAUUAUUCAGCCUUCUCAGUCGAGAUGACCUCAGUGCACCUUCGGAGACGUUCGUCUUCAAAUCAGUGAUGCAGUGGAUUAAACACAAGAAGGAAGAGAGGAUGGCAGUUGCAGGUAAAGUUAUCGGAGCUGUUCGUCUGGGGCUGGUGGACAUCAGGGUUGUGAUUGAAGAACUGGACACAGAGGAAAUGAAACGAGUUCCAGAGAUUUACACGCUGAUGUGUGAAACGUUAAUCUAUAACUUCAUGCCUUCUCGUAAUCUUAAGUUUGCUGCGGAGAAAACAAAAACAAGAUCGACUAGCCCGGUUGUUAUAGCGGUUUUACCUGGGGCUCAGAUGCAGUAUUUUGGCAUUGAAGGAAAAACGUGGAAACCUUUGGCAUCCACAAUACCAGCAAUUGAGGCAACGGAAUGUUACUGUGCUGCAUCCGCUGGCAACAACUUGUAUGUUGCUGGAUAUGAAUGGAGUGUGGGUUAUUACAUUUAUCGUUAUAAUACAGAAGGGAAUGUGUGGGAGAAGAUGCCACACUCGUGUGGUGGAAUCAAAAAUUUAUGUAUUGUAGACGAUUACAUGUAUGCAAUACGUUCUAAUUGCAGUCAAGUUCCUCAAAGGUAUAGCUUUGCUAAAUGUCAGUGGCAAACUUUUGCUAAAGUAAAUAUUAUGAGUAAUCAUCCUAGUUACCAUUUCUACAAUAGUGGAGUAACAAUACUUCACUCAAAGGUGUAUGUCCUUUAUGGAAGUGCUAAACUAGAUUCAGUUAGCUGGCGUAUGCAGAGUGCAGGCCUACACUGCUUUGAUCCAGUAAAAAACGAAUGGGAAGAAAAAGCAAAAACCCGUAAACCUCACUAUGGAUCCAGUCUUUUUGUAGUAAACAACAGAAUCUAUGUUGCAGGGGGUUAUGAUUGUAUUAACAUCAGUAAUGGUUCUCCACUUGGUAACCCUGCACUUGUAGAAGCUUAUUAUGAGGACAACACUUGGUCUGUUGUGGAACAAAAACACAUUCCCCCAGGCAACCCUAAUGCCGUAGAAAUAGAAGGGAAGGUUUUCUUUAUAGUAAAACAUUUUCCAGUUGACAGUGGCAUAAGAAUUCCACCAGGAGAGCUGUAUCCUGUUCAUUUGGGUGAGUAUGAAAAUUUAGCAAAAAUUGACAAAACUGCUGUUCUGUGUUAUCUGCCAGUAAAGAGGGAGAGUUUGAAAUCAGAGUGAAAAUGACUUUUUCACUCACUUUUAAUAUCAAAUUUAUACAUUAAAUAUAUAAAACAUGUAAGAAUUUUCUUGUAAUCAACUUGCACAGGGUCACGUUAAUACGAUAGUUACUGCACAAAGGAAAAAGAUUGUAAGCAAAGUGAGGAGGGACUGAGGCGAGCAAAACAAGGAAGAGCCGGGAAGGAGAUGCGUGGAAAGCAGGACUAGUAACUUCUCGUCCCUCCCCUCUCCUAUCUCUAUCUUUAAUCCAAGCUUGUGACGCUCGUUCCUUGCUUGGUACUCUUUUUCUUGAUUUAUUAAACCUUUAGUAGUUCAGGUUUCUAUUGGAACAAGGCACUUUCUUUAGAAAGGCUGACUUCAAUUUGUAUACAUUUUAGAGCGGUUUUCAAUCGGGUGUUGUAAAACUAAAACCAAAGAAAUCACUCUGUCCAGUCACAAAGGACACAUACAAUCCAAUGAACCAAUCAAAACUCGAAGUAAAUGCAUGUACCUGAGGCGAAGGCGGAAAAACGUGCGUGGAUUUGUGAGCGAGCGAGCAACUUCACGAUUGGUUUAGUUUUUCUUCUGAUUAAUGGGCGCGAGUUUUAAGCCAAUACUGUGGCGUAUUAAUACAACACCAAUUACUUUUCGACACGCAUUGAAAACCGCUGUAGCUGUUAAACUCGCAGUAACAUACUUUCAAAUGAUCCUUUAGUGGAUGUUUAAAUUAGUUUAGAACUAUGUGAAGAAGUCUGUAAAAUACGGAGAAUAAUAAAGAAAAAUUCUUUCUGCUACAUCUCUUCUAAUCUUGAUUGCAAACUGUACCUUACAUCAGUUAUCCCCUAAAAUUGAUGCUUUUCAUUUUCAUCCAGAAUAAUUUCUCUACGUUUCUAUGGCUUUCACAAAUGUCCUGGUAAUUCAAAGCCAUCUUGUUUUCUGCUGCCUCUCUCAAUUCUCUCAGGCCAUACUUUUCGGCAACUGUGCAAAGACAGCAGUACCAGCGGACAUCAGGUUUAAACUGAAGCAGUUCCCUCUUCAAGAAGUCGCAACACUCUUGAAGAACGCGUGUAACUUGAAGAUGAUCAGCCGCGGCGAGAACCUGAAACACGUUUUUCCUGCUUAUGCAAAGGUAUCCACCAUAAAUUUAGUCAAUUAUUUGUCUAAACGUUUCUGAGGACAUGCUUUAUCUCUCAGUUCAAUAACUCCCUGGUUCGUCUCCUUCAUUCCAUUCGUAAACAUGGCGUAGAAAUAAUCACUGAAAGCAGCUAAUACCAUACGGUGAGCAGGAAAAAGGGUCCUGCCUUUUUUUAGCUGCACAUUGGUGAAUAUGCCUUCCUCUCGAACCUGAGCGCACUUCUAAACAAGAACGUUAAAAUGUGCAAACAUGAUCGAUCAUUUCGUCAGCUUUUAUACAAUUAGAUUAUGAGCUCGAGAUUUCUAUUUAAACAAUAAAGUGUUUCUGUCGAGGAACUAUCGGCUGAUAGUUGCCCCGCGGAAAUAUGAUGUUCUGAAAAGAAAUAUUUGCCCGAGAAGCGAAGCUUUCGACAGUCAAAUGCAGUAUAAUCAUUAUCCGUGACUUAAAAGCGCGAGAGCAAAUCUAUUGAUAUAAUGCGAAGAGUGCAUUCCAUCUACUGGCAGUGUUUGGAUCAACCCCUGGUCGCUCUCAAACAUCACAUAUGAGAAAAAAAAUAGAGUAAAACCCCCGCUUGUAAGAAACUAGU